AUGACGUCGGUACAAGACAGACUGAAAUUUAAACGCAUAUCAUGCGAUACAUGGAGUACUCGCGAGCAAUUAUGUUUAGCAUCAAGUGUAUUAAAAUCUGGAGAUCAAAACUGGAUGAGUGUAUCACGUUCUUUAAAACCUUUUGCAGAAAAGGAAGCAUUACGACCACCUGAUUGGUUUUCUCAAAAGUCUUGUGCGAUACAAUAUGCAUAUCUUCUAGAAAAUGCAGACACUCCAAAAAGGAAAAAAAGAGAAAGUGGAGAAACUACGGGAGAAUCUAUUGUUAGAAGAUUAACGCAAGAAAGAAUAGCAGAAUUAGGCCAAAUAUUAGCUUUUCAAAGAGAUGAAUACCAACAGCUUAAAACAGAAAUAAACCUAUUAAAAUCAGGUUCUAUAACAGAAGAAAAAUUACAAAAAAUGUGGCAUACUAUCGAGCAAGAGGAACGUGAUCAAGAACAAAAAGCUAGAGCACAUUCUGCUUGGCUUGUAAAACGACAACAAAAGCAAGAAAUAAUGGUUUCACAAAAUGUCUCUGUUAGAAAUCAACGUAAAGCAAUAGAAACAUCUGCAGAAUUACCAGAAUCAUCUGAUAUUUCAACGGAAGAUGAUGAAAAGAAAGGAAGAGGUGGUCGUUCUCCAUUAUUAACAAGUCUAUUAAAGUCUCCUAGUCCAACAACUCAGAUACAAACAUCAACAUCAACUGCACAAAUAAGUUCUCCUACUAUUACCAGUCUUCUUGGAUCUAGUCCUAAAAUACCAAAUUCACAAAUGACGCAAAGUGUAUCUUCUAUGCAUCAAUUGGUACCAACUCAAAUAACAAAUGUUAUACCUGAAAGACCAUCAGUUGGCGCGCCGACUCUUUCAAUGUUGCUAGAAAUGCCUACAAAUCCUCAAAGAGGUCCAUUACCAAAUUUACAGAUACCUUCAACCAUAGUAUCGCAACAAAAUAUUUCUACAGAAGUUCAUAAUAUCCAAAAUCCAGUUUCUCAAACAUCCAUUCAAAAUGAAGUAACUGUACCAUCUGCGACACUUACGAUCCCUACCACAACAAAUAUACCAGUAUCAGAAACUAUGGUACAAAUAAUAGACAAUGUAAUUAGAAAAGAUAUAAUGUCAGAUGUGAUAGAUAAGGAUGAAAUAAAUGAAAUUAUUGGAGAUAUAGAAGAAUUAAUAAAAGAAGAAAUAACAGGCAGUCCACAAACUUUAGACUCUGUUAAUACAAAUACAGUAAUUAAUAGUCUUACUAUUCCUCAAUCUCAGGACAUUACACAGAUACAGGAACGUUCAGAGCCUAGAGAUGUCGAUGAAGCUGUUUCACUCUCUGAUUCUCCACAUAGCGAAGAAAUGGCUAUUGAAGAAAUAGAUUCUAGUACUUCUAAUAUUGCUGAGAUUAUAGGAACAGUUGCCAUAGAAUCAUCAGAAUCAAAAGUUAUUAUUGCAGAAAUAUCAGAAACUGUGUCUAAUUCCCAAGAAGAAGAGAAAUCAGAAGCAAAUACUUAUGAUGAAAGAGUAAUUCCAAAUGAAGAAAUUAAUUCAGAAGUAGAAAAUAAUGUUGAAGAUAAUAAAACGAAUACAACGGUGGAGGAAAAACAGAUUAUUGAAGAUCUUGAUAUUUUAGAUUCGGUAUCAAAUGUAGAAACAGAAGAAAGUGAUUCAAAGACACCUGAUGUAAAAGAAAAUGGUGAAGGUACUAUUGAAGAAGAAAUAGAUGAAGUAGAAGAAGAAGAAAUGGUUAUAUCUGAAAAAGAAGAAUCCUGUGAUAAUACAAAAGAACAAAAGGAAUCUUCUGAAGAAAUAGAAAAUAAAGAAUGUUUGGAAUUAGAUCAAUUAGAAUUACAUCUUGCAAAAAUCACUGGGGAACAGCAGGAUGUGCCAUCUGCCGAAGCUGCUAGUGUUUCCUCGGAAGUAACAAAUGAUGUCCCGAGUACCGAAGACACAGAAAAGUCACAAGAUAUUAGUUUGAUUUUAGAAGAUGAUGAGAGCUCUCAUAGCAUAGAAAAUAAGAAAAAAAUAACAGAAGAACAGGUUAUUGAGAAUACGAUAGAAAGUACAGAAUCAUUAGAAUCAUAUAAAGAGGAACCAAUUAUUUUAAUAAAAGAAAAAACUAUUAUUGAAGUAGCUGAUGAAUUAUCUUUAAAAUCACAAGACGUAACUACAGAAGACACUUUAGAAAUUUAUACAGAUGAAUAUAAAAAAGAAGAUACAAAAGAUUUUUCAGAAGAUACGGUCAGUUCAACUUUACCUGGUAUUGAAAUAAAAGAAGAAGAAAUAGAAGAAUCGACUAUAGCUGUAGAAUCAUGUCAAGACAUUACAUCAGAAGAGGUUAUUCAUACAAGAAUGGAAUCUAUUAACACAGAAAAUGUGUUUGACACAAAACAGACAGAAAAUGCGUCUCUAAUUAUAAAAGAAGAAAUAAAAUUAGAAGAGACUGUACCAAUUACGGAUUCUUUUAUUGAAGAAAAAGUUCUAAUAAAGGAAGAGCUCCAAAUAAAAGAAGAAAAAGAUGGUAAUAAAAAAUGUAUAGAAACUGAACCAACUAUAAAAAAAGAAAUUACUACAGAGUCCAUUAUCAGUGCAGGAGAAGAAACUGCAGAAUUAGAUGAAGAAGAAUCUUCUUUAAGCAAAUUAAGUGGUGGGCGUGCUAUGAAAACAUAUUCAAAAAAACAAACUAUUGCUGUAGAUAGUGAAACAGAAAAUGAAAGCACCGGAGAAGGUGCUGAUUACAGAGCAUGGAAGAAAGCAGUUAUGUUGGUUUAUAAUCGACUAGCUACACAUAAAUAUGCGUCUGUAUUCUUAAGGCCUAUUACGGAAGAUCAAGCACCUGGAUAUCAUUCUGUUAUUUUUCGACCUAUGGAUCUCUCAACCAUAAAAAAGAAUAUAGACAAUGGGACAAUCAGAUCAACUACACAUUUUCAACGAGAUGUUAUGCUUAUGUUUCAAAAUGCUAUUAUGUAUAACAAACAUGAUACUUUUAUAUAUAAAAUGGCAGUUUCUAUGCAAGAAGAAUGUUUACAACACAUGCAGAUUUUAGUUCAAGUAACAGGAGAGGGAACGUUUCGUAGAGAGACAAGAACUGCAGCAAGUAGCAGUAGCGAAGCUAGUGAAAGUAGUGUAAAAAGGAAAAGAAGUCAUAUUACUCCAAGUCCACAUGACACUGAUAGUCCUCGCUCUAAAAAGCGCAGAAAAUCAGAAAAUGAUUAGGCUUAAGAAAAAGAAUUGAUCUUAUUUUUAUUAGAAAAAGAUUAUCUUAUUUUUUGUAUCAUAGAAAUUCUUUACAUUACAAUUUAAAAAAUGAGUUAGAUAUAAAUUCGGAAGUCUAUAAAAGAUAUUAUCAUGAAUUAUAUAUUAGUCCAGUAUUUCAAUUUAAAUA